CAUACGGCCGGAGCGGGACGCGGCGGCGGCGGUAGAGUCUCCUUCCACAGCCUCCUACGGAAGGCCCAAGAUGCAGGCAGACUCCCUUCUUCACAGCGGCUACUUCCACCCAGUGCUACGCUCCUGGCAGUGUACGGCAACCACCUUCGACGCCUCCAACCUCAUCUACCCCAUUUUUGUCACUGACAGCCCUGAUGCAGUGGAGCUGAUCCCCAGCCUCCCUGGACAAGCCAGGUACGGAGUCAACAAGCUGGAGGGGAUGCUGCGUCCCCUCAUCGAAGACGGUCUGAAGUGCGUGCUCAUCUUCGGGGUGCCCAGCAAGGUCCACAAGGAUGAGAGAGGCUCUGCUGCUGAUGCAGAGGACACACCUGCCAUCCAGGCAAUCAAGAAGAUCCGCUCCACCUUCCCAGAGCUGCUAAUUGCCUGUGAUGUCUGCUUGUGCCCUUACACCUCCCACGGGCACUGCGGCAUCCUGCGGGAAGACGGCACCAUCCAGAAUGAGAUCAGUUGCCAGCGGCUGGCAGAAGUGGCGCUGGCCUAUGCCAAAGCAGGCUGCCACAUCGUUGCCCCCUCAGAUAUGAUGGAUGGGCGCAUCGCGGCCAUGAAGAAGGCGCUGAUCUCCAAUGACUUGGGCAACAAGGUCUCGGUGAUGAGCUACAGCGCCAAGUUUGCUUCGUGCUUCUACGGUCCCUUCAGGGAUGCUGCACUAUCCAAACCCGCCUUCGGAGACAGGCGAUGCUACCAGCUGCCCCCGGGCUCCAGGAGCCUGGCAAUGCGCGCCGUGGACCGGGACGUGCGUGAGGGAGCGGACAUGCUGAUGGUGAAGCCGGGGAUGCCCUACCUGGACCUUGUGAGGGACGUCAAGGCUCGACACCCCACCCACCCGCUGGCCGUGUACCACGUCUCGGGGGAGUUCGCCAUGCUGUGGCACGGGGCCCAGGCCGGGGCCUUCAGCCUGGAGGCUGCCGUCAGGGAGGCGGUGACGGCCUUCAGGCGCGCAGGGGCCGACGCCAUCAUCACCUACUUCGCGCCGCAGCUCCUGCGGUGGCUGAAGGAGGAACCGGCGGCGGCGGGACGCGCCUGAGCGCGGAGGGCGGGGCUUCCGGUGAU